CAGGCACCGGGCGGGUCGCGAUAUUGCGUUCGAGCAAAACCACUCCUCUUAACUCCUGGAGCCUUGCAGAUGUCGAGUACAGUCUCUCCGCAUGCAUCUCCUAAAGACAUUCAGGCCUAGAGUGGUUUGCGCGCCACUUGCGCUUCGAUGCCACCAAGUCGUCAACCAAAGGUCGUUUACGGUGGACGCUCCAACCGUUCCUAGCAACGAUGACGAGCACUUCGAAGUCCCUCUCGGAGAGAAGAGCUUCGAGCCUUACAAGAUGGAGUCGCCCCCGCUCUCGCUGGAGACCACGAAGAAGGAAUUGAAAGAACUGUACAGACAUAUGUGGAGAAUCAGGCACCUAGAGAUGGCCAUCAAUCGUCUCUACCUGCAGCGCAAGAUCCGCGGGUUUUGUCAUCUCUCAAUCGGGCAGGAAGCAGUGGCCGUCGGCAUCGAGCACGGAAUAACGAGGGACGACAAACUCAUCACAGCAUACCGAUGUCAUGGCAAUGUCUUAAUGCGAGGAGCGUCACCAAGAGAAGUCGUCGGAGAAGUUCUGGGUCGACGAGAAGGUGUUGCUCGUGGGAAAGGCGGCUCGGUUCACAUGUACUAUAAAAACUUCUAUGGCGGCAACGGUAUCGUGGGUGCACAGGUACCCAUCGGCGCAGGUCUUGCCUUUGCACAGCAAUAUAUGAACACCAAGGACGUCACGAUCAGCCUGUACGGCGAUGGAGCGGCAAACCAAGGACAGGUCUUUGAGGCGUUCAACAUGGCCAAAUUGUGGAAUCUGCCGGUCAUCUUUGGUUGUGAAAAUAACAUGUUUGGGAUGGGUACAUCAGCGGCAAGGUCAUCCGCCUCUGUCGAGUACUUCAAGCGCGGUCAAUACAUCCCCGGCCUCAAGAUCGACGCAAUGAAUGUUCUGGCGGUGUUGGCGGCGAUGAAGUAUGGCAAAAGAUACGUCUUGGAGAACGGCCCACUCGUGUAUGAAUUCGCUUGCUACCGAUAUUUCGGCCACUCGGUAUCCGAUCCAGGGACAACGUAUCGGACACGAGAUGACAUACAGGCGGUGCGGAAGAUGCAGGACCCGAUCAACAAUUUCCAUGCCCAUCUCAUCUCGUGGGGCAUCGCAGAUGAGGAAGAGUUGAAGAAGAUUGACAAAGACGAGAAGGCCAUGAUCGAGCAAGAAGUUGGAGAGGCGGAGAAGAUGCCUUUCCCGGAUGCCUCUCCACGAAUCUUAUUCGAGGACAGUUAUGUCCGCGGAAGUGAACCACUUUAUGUAAGAGGGAGAACGCCUGAGGAGACUUUUUAUUUCGAUUAGAAUGGAGGUCUCUGCAAACUUCGACGAAAAGGUCCGGAGGCGGUGACCGCGCGAAAGAUUCGGAGCGAAACAACGUACGGUGUUAUAGUUGGCUACCAUUGGAGGAGCAUAUUCAAGGAAGAUAUGAUGUACAAGAAUGAAUCUGCAGAAAAGGAGGUUCGGUGUAUGGUUCCGCUAUGCCAAGAUAUAUUCCUUCCCUUUCAUCUGCAGCCUUCCGCCCAUCAUGCCAAUUCACUUUUCUAUUGAUCAUUAUUUU